UGUUCGCUGAGUGUUAGGAUGAGAGAGAUGAUGAUGAUGAUGAGGAUGAGGUGGGGGAUGAAGGCUCGGCUCGCGGCUGUCAGAGGCUUUCAUGAGCGGACAGUGGCAGUGAGUUUAGCGGACAGGAGGAUGGAGAUCUCCACUGGGAAACUGGCCCGCUUCGCUGACGGCUGUGCGGUGAUCAAGCUGGGGGAGACGUCAGUGAUGGUGACUGCGGUCAGUAAGACCAAACCGGCCGCCGCUCAGUUCAUGCCGCUCGUGGUGGAUUACAGGCAGAAAGCAGCGGCUGCAGGACGGAUCCCCACCAACUACCUGAGACGAGAACUGGGCACCACAGACUCCGAGAUCCUGACCAGCCGGCUGAUCGGUGCGACAUGGACUGACGCUCGUGUGUUUGUGCUGAAGGUGCUGUGUAACAUCUUAGCCGCAGAUGGAGUCAACGACCCUGACAUUCUGGCCAUCAAUGGAGCGUCUGCGGCUCUGGCUCUGUCUGAUAUCCCCUGGAACGGACCCAUCGGAGCGGUGCGUGUGGGCCUCGUGGACGGAGAGUUCCUCAUCAACCCCACACGCUCAGAGAUGAGCGGCAGCAAACUCAACCUGGUGAUCGCUGGAGCCCCGUCCAGCCAAGUGGUGAUGAUGGAGGCGGCGGCUGAGAACGUCCUGCAGCAGGACUUCAGUCACGCGGUGAAGCUCGGAGUCAAGCACACGCAGCAGAUCAUCCUGGCCAUCCAGCAGAUGAGCAGAGACAUGAAGAUCAGCAAACGCUCUCCUGCCAGACUCUUCACCGCCUCCGCCGAGAUGCUGGACUACACACGCCAGUUGGCGUCUGAUAAGAUCUACGCUGUAUUUACAGACUUCACACAUGACAAGAUCUCCCGAGAUGAAGCGAUCAAUAAGAUCCGUCUGGAGGCGGAGGAGCACAUCAGAGAGAGGUUCCCGCAGUCAGAGUCCUUCGAGGUGGUGGAGGCUUUCAACAGCGUCUCCAGAGAGGUCUUCAGGAAUCUGGUUCUCAGUGAAUACAGGCGGUGUGACGGCAGAGAUCUGACGUCUCUGCGCAACAUUUCCUGCGAGGUGGACGUCUUCAAGCCUCUCCACGGCUCGGCUCUCUUCCAGAGGGGUCAGACACAGGUGCUGUGCUCCGUCACGUUUGACUCUCUGGAGUCCAGUAUGAAAUCAGACGCGAUAACCACCGCGCUCAGUGGCGUCAAAGACAAGAACUUCAUGCUGCACUAUGAAUUUCCUCCGUAUGCCACCAAUGAGAUCGGGAAGAUGGGAGGAGCGAACCGGCGGGAGCUGGGUCACGGAGCGCUGGCGGAGAAGGCGCUGAGGCCCGUCGUUCCUCCAGAUUUCCCCUUCACCAUCCGCGUCACGUCUGAGGUGCUGGAGUCUAAUGGCUCGUCUUCCAUGGCCUCGGUGUGUGGCGGCAGUUUAGCGCUCAUGGAUGCAGGUGUGCCCAUGUCCUCCGCUGUAGCCGGAGUCGCCAUCGGCCUCAUAUCUAAAGCCCAUCCUGAGAAAGCGUCAGAGAUCCAGGACUACAGGCUGCUGACUGAUAUUCUGGGAAUAGAGGACUACAACGGAGACAUGGACUUCAAGAUGGCAGGCAGCAGUAAAGGGAUCACGGCUCUGCAGGCGGACAUUAAGGUCCCGGGGCUUCCUCUGAAGAUCGUGAUGGAGGCCAUACAGCAGGCCACAGUGGCCAAACGGGAGAUCUUAGGCAUCAUGAAUAAGGUCAUCGCCAAACCCAGGAGCUCCAGGAAGGAGAACGGCCCACUCGUUGAGAACGUCAAAGUGCCUCUAUCUAGACGAGCUCUGUUUGUGGGUCCGGGAGGAUUCAAUCUGCGCAGACUGCAGGCUCAGACAGGUGUGACCAUCUCUCAGGUGGAUGAGGAGACGUUCUCCGUGUUUGCUCCGACGCCCGGCGCCAUGAGUGAAGCGCAGGAGUUGAUCCGAGCCGUCUGCAGAGAUGAUCAGGAGCAGCAGCUGGAGUUCGGAGCCGUGUACACAGCCACCGUCACAGAGAUCAGGGACAUUGGCGUGAUGGUGAAGCUCUAUCCCAACAUGAGCGCUGUGCUCCUGCACAACUCCCAGCUGGACCACAAGCGGAUCAAGCACCCCAGCGCUCUGGGACUGGAGGUCGGGCAGCAGAUCCAGGUGAAGUAUUUCGGCCGAGACCCCACGGAUGGCAGGAUGAGGCUGUCUCGUAAGGUGCUGCAGUCUCCGGCGGCGGCGGCGGUGAGGAGUCUGAGCGACAGACACAGCAUCUCUGUAGGAGCGUCCGGAGAGCAGAGCCCAGACUCAUAGAGCAGCUCACCUGCACCUUACUGAACACACUGUAUUUUAUAAUAAACACUCUUAUUACACA